AUGGCAAUCGGUUACGGAGACAUCACCGCCGGUGAAUCCAACUCCGCCGGAGAUCCGCUCUUCCCGUGGCUUAUUAAGAUCAAAAAUUCGACGGAAGAUCUCUACUCUGGUAGAAAUUCCGGUGAAGAUCUCGAUAAGCUUCUUCACGACUGUAUCUCAAGUUGCAAGCAAGAUGCUCGGUACCAAAACGACGUCAGAUUCCUCAAGAUCUGGUUUCUAUACCUUGAGGGCUGUGAAGAUUUUGAGAGGGUUUAUAGAGAAAUCGAAGCGAAGGAGAUAUGCAUUGGGCAUUCGUUGCUUUAUGAAUGGUAUGCAAUUUUUCUAGAGGUCAAAGGAUUAUGGCGAAGAGCACAUUUGGUUUAUCAGACUGGUCUUUCAAGGAAAGCCCAACCAUUUGACAGGUUAAAAGAGGCUCACUCAUUGUUCUUGCAAAGAAUCUCAAAGAGGACUAAGGCGUCUUCCCUUCAAAAGAUUGAUGGUGAUGAUGCUCAGGCUGCUGACUUUGAGACUGGCUUUGUAAAUCCUUGGGAAACCUCUACUGUGAAAAACUUAAUUCUCAAGAUAAAACCCCAGCUUGUGAAAUAUGAUGGAUACCAUUCAAGCAAUAAAGUUUUCCCCGGAAAAGCCAACCUUUCAACUUUGCUGAAUUCUUCCAGAAAUAAGGUCAUUGAUAUAGGUGGAAGGAAGUACUUGAUCAAGGGUUGUGCUGGUCAAGGUGGUUUUGCUCAAGUGUUUAAAGCACACAUUGACAGCAAUCCUGAUGAAGUAGUUGCUCUAAAGGUACAAAAGCCACCUUUCCCUUGGGAAUUCCACAUGUAUCGCCAACUUGAUUGCAGGAUCCCAGAGAACCAAAGAUCAAGUUUUGGAUUGGCCCAGAGAAUGCACUUGUAUUUAGACUACAGUAUACUUGUCUGCGAUUAUCUAUCAAACGGGACACUCCAGGAUGUCAUAAACUCGUAUGUCGUUGUUGGCAAGUCUAUGGAAGAAGUUUUGUGCAUGUAUUACACAAUAGAGAUGCUGUACAUGCUGGAAACUUUGCACAGUGUUGGAAUCAUUCACGGUGAUUUCAAGCCGGACAAUCUUUUAAUUAGAUACCCUCCACAAAACUUAACUGAGACAGGCUUUCAUGAGAAAACAGGUCCUUGGAGCAAUCAGGGUCUCUGUCUUGUCGACUGGGGUAGAGGAAUAGACUUGAGCCUGUUUCCUAGCACCACCGAGUUCACUGGAGAUUGUCGUACCUCAGGCUUCCGUUGCACGGAAAUGAAGGAGAACAAACCUUGGAAGUUUCAGGCGGACACUUAUGGACUCUGUGUAAUCGUCCACAUGAUGCUGCACAACAGCUACAUGGAGAUAGGAAAGAAACAAUCACUUGACGGUGGCCACAUUAAUUUGCCGAGAAAUUCCUUCAAAAGAUACUGGAACGUGGAUCUGUGGAAGGAUCUGUUCACUAAGCUGCUCAACAGAGAGACGUGUGAAGAUGACACAGAGACACUGAGGAAUCUGAGAAAGUCUAUGGAAGAGUAUGUGUGCUCAGAUCCUAAGCUAAUGAACAAGCUUAACGAGUUACUUGCUAAACAACGCAUCUCUUUAUGCUCUUCCUAA